GAAACAGAAGAAGUACAGUCGGUUGUCGCUGUUUGAUCACGCGCUGAGCUUCGGUGACCGUGAGCAGUGUGUCGUGUUGUGAGGAGAGGGCACGCGCCGACAGCAAACAUGAUCAAUUUAACCGCGUUAGUGCAAAGUCUCAGACGGUCUCUGCUCCACAUUGAAAGCAGACUUCUGCAGGCGGCGGGACUGGACAGACAGCUGGCUCCAGCACUAGCAGUGAAUGGGCCCAGCCUCCUGCCUCAGCUAGACAAGGAGGAAGAGGUGGAACAGCAGCAGCAUCACCCCGGCCUCUCAGACAGCAUCCUGUGGAUGGCAGCACCCAAGAAGAGACGCACUAUAGAAGUCAACCGCACCAGGAGGAGAUCUGACAGCAAACUCCUGAAAGUCAAGAACAACAUUGAGCCGUGUCCAGAGUGUGGCCACUUGAAGCAGAAACAUGUCAUGUGUGGCUUCUGUUACGCUAAGGUGUGCAGGGAGACCGCUCUGAUUCGUCAACAGAUAAAAGAAAUGGAAGGUGGGCCGCUGAGGGCCCCGACUGUGGAGACUGUUGUCCUGUAUGAGGGCGAGACACCAAGCGAGCAGGACAAAGACAAGAGGAUCGUGGAGAGAUCCAGGAAGAGACCCGCCUGGUUCAGCCAAUAAUGCUGAGAUAAUGUGUUUGAUGGCGGCUUCAGUCUGACACAGGUCUGGUCAGAUACACCCUGACACUUUAUUUGAUAUAGUAAACAGCAUUUGUUGUCCAGUCAGUAAAUGAAAGAGGCUGAGGUUUGUUUCGAUCAGUUCUGAUACCAGAAGCCUUGAUAAAAGCUGGGAACACUUCACUUACCUCUGUGAACAUACUGUAAUAUAUUGUUAAUGUGUGGGAAAAAUCUAAAGAUUUGUGGGAUCAGACAACA